GGCGGGAUGGCGGCAGCGGGCGGCGAGGGGACCGGGAUGGGGAUGGGGACGGAGGCCGAGGCGGACUCUGACGGCGGCAGCGAGGAGCUGGUGCUCACGCCAGCGCAGCUCAUCCGCAGCCUGGAGCAGGCCUGGCUGAAUGAAAAAUUCGCCCCAGAGCUGCUGGAGAGCAAACCCGAGAUCAUUGAGUGUGUGGUGGAGCAGCUGGACCACAUGGAGGCAAACCUGAAACGGGCAAAGAGAGGAGACCUGAAGGUCAGUGUUCACCGGAUGGAGGUGGAGAGGAUCCGCUACGUGCUCAGCAGUUACCUGCGCUGCAGGCUCGUGAAGAUAGAGAAGUUUUUCCCUCAUGUCCUGGAGAAGGAGAAGUCUCGAGCUGAAGGGGAACCUUCCAUUCUGUCACCAGAGGAGUUUGCUUUUGCUAAGGAGUACAUGGCAAACACUGAGACUUACCUGAAGAACGUGGCCCUGAAGCACAUGCCACCCAACCUGCAGAAAGUGUCUCUCCUAAAAUCCAUUCCAAAGCCCAACUUGGAUUCCUUCGUGUUCCUGAGGGUGCUGGAGCGUCAGGAGAACAUCCUGGUGGAGCCAGAGAUGGAUGAGCAGGGGGAUUACACCAUCGACCUGGAGGAGGGCUCACAGCACCUGAUCCGGUACCGAGCCAUCGCGCCCCUGGUGGCCUCGGGAGCUGUGCAGCUCAUCUGAGGGGGGAGUGGUGCUCAGCGGGGCCCUUGUCCCCCAGCCAUGCCCGUGGACCUGGCCGUGCGGCUCUGCCUGAGCCACUCGCCCCCCAUCUGCAAGCUGCUGAACUACGAGGAGCUGCGGGUCAGCCGGGGCCGCAAACCCCUCCGGUCCUGCCUCAACCAGAAGCUGAACGCGGAGCCUGAGCCCGAGCGGCGAGACAACACCAGGAGCUCCCGGGGGCAGGAGAAGAAGAAAGUCGUGUUUGCUGACAUGAAGGGGCUCUCGCUGACAGCUGUCCGCUUCUUCUCCAAGUUCGAGGAGGAUCUGUGUGACCUGCAGCACGCCCUGUCUGACCUGGCCCGCUGCAGCCCCAAGAUGCGGGACUCGGAGCCAGAGGGGUGCAGGUUCGUGCUGGGCUUCCCACAGCCCUCUGCAGACUACGUGACCUUCCGCAGCCGCCUGCACAGCAACCUCGUCUGCCUGGAGAGCUGCUUGAUCCAGGAUCGUUCCCUGUCAGGGACAGUGAAGGUCAGAAACAUCGAGUACGAGAAGAGAGUGAUGGUCCGCAUCACCUUUGAUGGCUGGAAGAACUUCCAGGAUGUCUUCUGCCAGUACGUGCACAGCACCUACGGCUCUGCUGACACAGACACCUUCUCCUUUGAGCUCACCCUGCCUAAGCCCUCUGUCUCCUGCAGAGCUCCUGCAGAGUUCUGCAUCUUCUUCCAGUGCCGACAGAAGACCCACUGGGACAACAACCAAGGGAAUAACUACAGGAUCUGCCCUGUGGGCACGAUCCGCCCUCCCUCCCGUGCUCUCCGGGCUGCCGGCAGGGCCUGGGACCACCUGGGCACCUCCCGGGCCGCCGCCCUGGUCCUGUCCCAGCUGCAGAGCUGGCGGCGCUCCGAGUCUCAGGCCCCGUAUUGGUAGGAGAGCAGCGGGUGGAGGUGCGGGCCCUGCUGGGGCUGCGGUGGUCUCUGGGGAGGGGGGCGGCAGCACCAGAUGCUGCUCACGGUUCCGUGAACUCCUCCGGUGCCCCGAGCUGCUGGGACCAAAGCUGCCGGUCCGGCGGGAGCUUCUCCCCUACGGGUUCCUGCCGUCACGGCAAGGCCGGGAGCCGAGAGUGCGGUCCCGGUGCUGCCCAAGUGCCUUGCGCGGGGGGCGCGGGGGCUGCUGCUGUAACCGGGAGUGAACAAUAAAGUGACGGCGAGGGGCGAGCCCCGCA